UAAUUUCUUCGUCGAAAUUUUUAAUUCAUUUUUCUUCAAUCUAGGGUUUGCAAUGAAGCGAACCCGGUCUGAUUCCACGAACAAACUAGAGAGAAAAACAAUUGAAAAAAAUCGAAGGAUUCGAAUGAAAUCUCUUAGUUUUAAGCUCGUUUCCAUCAUUCCCGAUCGCCAUUUCAGCCAACCCAAAGAAUUCUUGUCACAACAAGAUCAGAUAGAUGAAGCAGCUGCUUACAUCAAGAUCUUGACAGAGAGGAUAGAAGCAUUGAAUAGAAGAAAGGCACAACUCAUAAACCAUGGCACGAAGACAGACUACGUGGCUAGAACUUCUUCAAAGCCUCCAAUUCUGACAGUGAGGGAGUUAGGUCAUGGUGUGGAAGUGGUGUUGAUCAGUGGCCUCAGCAAGAAUUUCUUGCUAAGUCAAGUGAUUAGCAUAAUCGAACAAGAAGCGGCUCAAGUUCUCACCAUCAACGUCUCUCGAGUUGGCGACAGCAUCAUCCACACUCUCCAUGCUCAGGUUAAAAUUUGCAGGGUUGGAGUGGACAUUUCAAGAAUAAGUGAUAGGAUACAUGAGAUCAUUUCUUCAAACUUGUAAAAAAAUUUUUUUUUAAGGAAUUGAGAUCAUGAUAGGGUCCUCGAUCUAGCAAAUAUCGCCGAAGAUCAUCUCCAAUAUUUUAGAGUAUCUUUUAUUUUAUUUAGUUAUCUUUAUUUCUUUUCCAUAUCUUUUGUAAUCUUUUAUUUUAAUUAGGUUUCUUGAAUAGCAAGACAUAGGUUAGGGUUUAGAAUUCCAUAUAAUAGAAUUCUAUCGUAUUAGCAUUCAUUGAGAAAUAAAGUUAAUUACUUGUUCUCA